UUACUUCACUUGCGGGAAACUUGCCAAAACCUCGCGAUGUAAACUUUCGAACCUUUCACUUCAAACAUUAGGCAAGUUUGCUGCAAACUAUUUGGCUAUCUGGGUUAACGGGUCAACUGAAAUAUUUAGUAAAUCAUAGAAAUGAUUGUCAUUUUCUUCCACAUUUGUUUACGUGUUAAUUUGCCGCCUUUUGUAAAGAGAGGGUAGGUUGUGAUGGUUUGACUGUUUUGGUCAUUAUCCUUUUUGUGUCCUCCGAUUUUCAAUACAGAAUUCGUGUCAUCUAAAGUUUAGACAAUUUUGAAAACAUAAUUACAAACAGUGAAUCAUAAUCUAAAUACUCGUAGUUUUUGUAACAAAAUGAGUUUCUUAAAAUGUUCACACUUAUCAGCGUUUUCAUCGCUUAUGAACAUAUGAUGGCUUUGAAACAGUCGGCAUCACAUUGUGAUUUGCAAAGUGACUUUGUUUUUAAAUUGUUGAAACACUUGAUAGAAGUUGUGCUGAAAUGUGAGAUGCUUAUCGGAAAUUGGCUUAUCAUUGAAACGACGAGUUUUGUAAAACGACUCAUUACUUCAGAUUCUUGCAGAUAUCGAGAGUUUUCAGGUAAAAGACAAGAUCAAUCUGCCUCAUAAUGGAGUUGAAACUUGAUGAAGUAAAGGUGAAAGUUGAGAGGAUGAUUUUCGAUGAGCCAAAAGUCCAGGAAUCUUCCAAAUCCGAAACAAUGAUCGUUGAAGAUGCAAAAAGUGAAGCAUCGAAAACUAACGACACAACUAUUCAAAAUAGCGAAGUACAAUUAAAAGAUGAAAACCAAUUACCAUUUCCAUCUUCUUCAACCAAUUCAGAUGCUAAAAUCGUUUCCGAUCCAAAAGCUUCUAAUGUAAAAAUCGUGCGCGGCACAAAAAGAAUAAGGAUUGAUGCUGCUGAUGCGAAUCCAACUGACAAAAAAGAAUCAAAGGAGGACGAUAGUGAAGCAAAAAUAAUGCGAUCACUGAAAAGAUCCUGCGAGUUGUGGUCGCUGGAAGACAAAAAUACCUUUUUCAAGGCAGUCAACGAAUUCGGAAAGGAUUUUGACGCUCUGCAAAGUUACUUUUUAAGUCAAGGAAAGAAGAAAGGACUGGCUGAGAAUAUGAUAAAAAACAAGGAACAGAUUCGGCAUUUUUAUUACCGAACUUGGCUAAAGAUAUCGAAGCGAUUGAAAUUCUCUGAAGACGUUAAAAAGACAACGCAGGAACUUUAUGGACUGAUUAAUUAUGGAGAACUAAGGAGAAAGCUGCCGCGAAUGCAUGAUAAAGCACAAAUGAAAUUAAACGAAUUGGUUUAUUACGGAUCAACCCAAGUUAGAUUGAGAGGUAAAACAAUGAGAAUAAAAACUCCAAUCUGCAGAGCUUUGAGAAAACUUAACCAAUUAGAAGAUUGGCAAGAGGAUAUAAAGCUGCCUCCAAGAGUGACAAUAGAGUUACGACCUGGAAACAAUAUGGCUUGGUGGAAAGUCCAGGCUGCCGCGAUGAAUCCGAGAGUUCGGACUCUUGUUCCCAUCCAGCGACGACUUUCUAGUAUUUUGACUUUUUUGCAGCAGCGAUGGCGACCUCCGAAGUACAGAACUUCGGUACUCGACGACAAUACAAUCGACGAAUCCAAGGAGUCGAUUCUACUACGUGUGGCUCCUCCGGAAGGUAGCAAAAUCGCCCUCCCUGUUGUGAAUCUCGGCGAAUACCUAACCAGCAACAGCGUUAGUUUUAACUCGUACGAAAAGCGUCUUGCUUUGAAGAGUUCCAGAGUGGAAUUACUAGGAUCGACGCAGUAUAUUAAGGGCGUAGGGAAGAAAGGUGUCAAGAAAUAUAAAGGAGAUAAAAAAACGAACAAGUUAAGUGAUGAUCAGUACGCAGGAGUAGAUAACAACAGUGACCUAGACGUUCCAGAAACGGGGAGCUCCAAUUUCUCGAAUGAAAAACCGACAAACAAUGAUGUUAAAACUCCCACGGAACAGCAAACCGAACCUAACAGAUUCCCAGGGAGAGAAACUAUCGAUAGGAUAAGAUUGGGUUGGAAUACCGAGGAAGCGAAUACAAUCACUGUCGGUGAUCUUUUUUUAAUGUUUGGACGAGAAUCGAAAAUAACUCUCGAAUAUUGGUGGGACUCGCCACCGCGUGAAGCACAAGCUUUCUCUGCCGGGAAAUUCAAAUCGAUCAUUACACCUCGAGAUGAUAACGUGAGUCUGAUGUUGCAGAAACUACUCUCGAUCGCAAAGCAAAGCUACGGAACAAGCAAGGGAUAUGAUAAUACGUCGGGCGGCAGUGAAACUGUAAUUUCAUCUCGAAUUCCUUCGACGAAAGAAUCGACGUUCCGGCGACCCUUAAUUCCUCAAGCAUAUCACAGACUUGGCACACCUGAUGCCUUCAAAACGCAACUAGAUAAAUUCAAAACUAGAUUUUGCAAGAGAGGCAGAACAAUCAGACAAAGAAAUCUGAUAGUUCAAAGAGUGGUUCCAAUAACUAGUCCAGAAAUUUAUUCCGAAAUACCAAGCCCACCUGGAAACGAAACAGUCGAUUCAAGUGAAAUACCCUUGAAUAAGCCUGUCGAUGAAGUCGGAAAAGAGACUGAAAUCGAAGCUGGACCUUCUGAAGAACAGCAUUUCCUGGAUGUUUUGCGAGAUGCGAAUCCUGCAAAAGCGUCUACCUCUAUCAUCACAAGUGCUACGAAACUGUUAAAAGAGGGCGAACACCAAUGGCUCAACUGCGAGGUUGCUGAUUUUUCCUUGAGCAGUUUUCUGGGCCAGCUUGAUUCGCCAAUGAAAGGAUCACAGAGAAGUCAAACUGAAUGUCCUACAGUAGAAGAUGUUCGACCGCCUUCAGACGUUGUCACUCAAAUGCAAUGUUUGAUGGGAGAGAACAGCGUGGACUACAUGGUGAAAUUCGCGAAUCUUGCAUCACAGAUGGCCUCUGAAAGUCAGAAAAACAAAUAAACCUUAAACGAAAAAUGAUUUCUUUCUAAGCAAUGAAGCGUGAUACUGUCAUUAUUGACAGUCUUAUCUAAAAUACUCAAAACAAUGUUUAAAAAUUUAAUUAAAAAAUUAAUAGUUUUUGACCAAUUCCAUUUCAAAUCAGGCAGUGUUAUAAUCAUUUAGUAUUGGGAUAUAUCAUUCUAUCAAGAAAAUAAACAAACUCGUGAGUUUCGUUCUCGGUAAAAAAAAUUGUUUCACAUUGAGAAAAAUUAUUUAUGAAAAAUUGAACUUUUUUCGGAGAAAACAAAAAGCCAAAAAAAAUUUCCAUAUAAAAUUGUACACACCUAGAAAACUUAUACAAAAAACAUCUCUUACACUCUUGUAACAUUUUUCAUAGUUUACAAGAUUUUUUAAUUUUUUCAUCGAACUUUACAAUCACGAAAAGAAGAUUUUCAAGAAGUCAUUACUUUUUUUUCAAUAUUUAAACAAAGUUUCUGCUAAUAUAAAAAGGCAUCCUAUGAGUUUUAUGUGGGUCAUACCAUUUUUUAGGCCGAGAAAAUGUUUUUCAUACAUAUAAUUUUUUACUUUGUCUUGCAAACGCUGAAAGCUAUCACAACAAAGUAAAAGGUGUUUUUUGCAGAUCGUCUCUAGGUAUUACAACUUCCAUUGGAACUUUUUUUUACCUCUCGUUGGUAUACUUUCAGCUAUUUAUAAAAAAAAUGAAAUACUGGAGUUUUUGAGAAAGUCUAUUUUCAAGAAUUUUAGAAAAACGAUCAAGGAAGGAGCAAGAAUUUCCACGUCGAAUAAAAAAGUCCCAAAUACCUAAGUUUGUACGUAAACUACUGCAUUUUGAAGAAACUUUUUGUCCGUUUUUGAAAAUUAGCAGUUAAUAGUUGAAUCCAAAUACUAAAUAAUUAUGACACCAUAACCUAGACUUUUCUUGAAAUUUCCCCUUAUUUGAAAUCGUAUUGGUCUUUUAAACAUUUAAUAAGGUCUUCAGCAUCAAAAAUUAAUUUUUAAAUACCUGGAUUAUUUAUAUUUUUUAUUUGAUUUUAUCGACAAAAAUAUUUAAUAUGUUUAAAAACAUGACUUGAGUUAGUGAUGGCAAAAAUACGAAAAGCCAAAGCGUGAAACUGAUCACGUAAUCGCAAUUCGAUCAAUUAUCAUAACUUGCUUCAAAGAAAUUGCAAUUUUGCAAAACAAAAAAAAAUCGUCUUAGUGAAGAAGAACGACUCUGUGAUAACUUUAUAAGUUUGUAUGAAGACUGUAUUUCUCGGAAAGGGACCGAGAAAGAGAGGCGAUAACAUUGCGCCAUUAUAAUUUAGAUUCAGUGAAUCAGACGUGUUUAAUGCGCAUGUGACCUCUGGCGAUGCUACGGUUGGGAGAGGCGGAUUUUGUUAUUAUCAGGUGAAACUUUUUCCUCGUACAGCUAAAUUCGGAUGACAAUUUGCAACGCAUGCUAUUGUACGACCCACAAAUGACUUCUUAUGGAAUCUCGCGCUCAAAUCGUAAGAUGCAAUGUACUGUUGUUUUUGUUAACAAAAACGAGGCAUGUGUGUGGCUCAUUCUAAAUGCGUUCACAGAUAAGAGUCGAGACAUAUUUGUUAUCGUGUACAGGAUUGGAUAUUCUUAUUUUCUUAUUUAAAAACGAAGUGUAUAUAAAUACAGUUUAUUUUCCACACGAAAAUUUAACGUUAAUAAAAAAAUAUGAUUCCAACAGAAAAGUGUAUGAUCCUUAAAAAUAAAAGUUUGACUUCUAAAUGAA